GUUACUAAUAUUAAAGUUGUCCAAAAAAAAGUAUCUCAAAAUUAUAAUAAAAAUUAUAUCGUUGUUAAGUUUAAAUAAAAAAGCAAUAACUUAGACAACCAAUCUUACUUCAAAGUGUCAAAGUGGAAAACGGUUUCAAACUGUUGUGUUUUUGUGAUUAACAUUCCCAGUUGUUCCUCAAAGACUCUGUCUUAUUUUUAAUUGCAGCAACAUAGUGACAGAGGAAAGAUGGAAUUAACACAAGAUUUAAUUGCUAUUCAAAAUAUAAUUGGUGAAUGUGAGCGUCAAGUCGGAACAUUGGCAGAAAUUAAACACAAAGGAGGAAACGAAUCAAAAAUUGAAUUGGUUGUCAACAAGAUCAAGCAGUUCUUACUUUCCAAAAGCUACAUAACAGAUCCACCCAAUCUUCACAUGAGAAAUAAUGCUUCACUUGAAAAAAUCAUCUUGUUUUUGAUUUUAAACACAAAACUAAAUGAUGAUACCCUUGCAAAUAUUAAGGAAUACAGCCAUCUUAUAAACAUCAUGCCAAAAUGUUCCAAGUUUCUGUUAAUUAACAUAGCAAUUGAAACAGAGUUGAUAGAUAUUUAUGGUAAAGUUGCUAUAAAAUUGCCUUUGCAAAUUGUGUCUGAACUCUUUGAAGCUGCUAAUGAUACUUUCAUAAAUGGGCAUGGUGGAAAGACACUCAAAAAUGUUAAUAUUAUUGUCAGUACCCUAAUUGAGAAAGUGAAUUCAACUGAUAUUCAAGAUAAUCAUGUGUUUGAUAAUAUCAGAAAUAUUAAUAAUAUAAUUGUUAAACUAUUGAUGUACCUUAGUGUGCAUCCUUCAAUCAGUUUAACAAAUGCGACAGACACUGAAAGAGAUUUACACAUAGGAUACACACUUCAUAAAUUAUUUAAGAUGUUGCUGCUUGUGAAUGAAGUGCACAUGGGAUGUGGAAAAAUUGUAGAUGCCUUGGUUAUGACAACUUCAAUUGUGAUGAAACAAGUUACAGUUAAUGUCUUCUGUACUUGGGCAGAGAUUGAAGAAGAUGACUUGCCAUUUCAGUAUGCUAUUGGCACAGAAGCUUACAGAGUAGUCGAGAAAUAUGCGAAAGUCAAACCUGCUGCCGAACUAAUUUCGCUCCUAACUUGCAUGGCGAAGAAACCGAAAUCGUUAUCAGAAAUCAUCUCAGGUGCAUCUGUCACCUCAAUAGUGAAUCAUAUCAACGACGCCGAUGAACAUCAGCGUCGGUGGUUUGCUGCUCUUGUGCGUAAAAGCGAUAUCUUCGACAUUCCCACAAGCCGCGAGUGUUUGCAGCGCUGGAGUGCGCUGUGUACUCUGGACGAGGUGCUCUCUAUUUUAGAAUUAGCCAUGUCCAAGGACGAAUCAUGCAAACGCCUCGCUAUCAAAUGCGCUGCGCAUUUGUCUGUGCCAAACUUAUCGACUUUGAUCGCGAGGUCGUUCUGGAUCGAUCAACCUUGGAAAACUUACAUUGAACUGACCUCCGUUCAGCCCCAACUCACUCUUCUGCUGAAUAAAAUGCAAAAUGGAUGUAACGAGGAAUUAAUUCGAAAUAUUCAACUUUUACUGCUUGAAAAUCCACAGGAAGUAAUUGAGAUUCUCUUUAGGGAGUGUAUUAAAACAGAAGUCUAUGUUAAAUGGCUAGAAGAUGUUUUCAGGGCAAUUAAAAAUGUGAUCAGUAUGAAUUUCAUUCCAUUAAUGAAGUUGGAGCAGAUUAUUAAAACUUUGGAUGAGUUGAAGGAGAAUGAGCAGAGCAGUAUCACACAAUUAAUGCAUAUGUUGAUUAGGACAGAGUGUACUGAAGUGAAUCAUUUGUUUACAUAUGUUUUUAAGCCAUUGAUUUUGUCUGCUCAGGAUAAUAAUGAAAAUUUGGAUGUUAUUCUGCAAAUACUAAAGUCACUUCCAGUUGAGUCCUUGAAUGAGACACACAAAGAAGAGCUGGCAAUUGAAUUGAUAAACAACUUGGAAAAACACCGUGUAAAGUAUUCAGAUUUUUGUGCACGGAAAAUUGGCAUUUGUACAUCCAGUACUUCACUUUUAACUCAAAUAAGUGGAUCAUUUGAAGAUAUGAAUGAGGUUCACAAAUCUGAACUUAACAAACUGAACAGUUACUACCUCACAUUGACUGGGGCAAAUUCAUAUCAAAGUCUUCUUAAUUAUGUAUUUCCAAAUUUUGUAAUUGAUUCGUAUGGCCAGCAAAUUAGCAAGCUACUUAAGAUGUUGUCACGUUGUGUGACACAAGAAUGGUUGCAAAUUACAGAAGAGGUUGCGACGACCCUAGGAAUGCAAAAAGCAGCUGAGUCCCUAACUGAUGUUCUUAUAUUGAUCUGCGAAGUUACCAACACGCAAGGUGCUGAUAACAAACCUGUCUUCACCGCACUAUCGUAUUAUUUAUCGAAUUAUGGAAUCUGUAUACAGAAAAUGCGCGAGAAAGAUAUCUCCCUACAAUUCGAAGCGGAGACUGUAAAAAAUAUUUGCCGUUUGAUUAAGAUGCUUCCGCAGGAUAUAAAGUAUCAAGAGGGUGUGAAUUUGAUUAAUUUAUUCUCCGAGAAAGCAUUGCAGAGCUUAUCCAAGGACAGGCAAUUUGUCGCUGCUCUUGUUGCGCUCGGCAAUGAUAAGUUAAGUCAAAUAAUAGCCAACAAGAUGUUGGAAAUCAAAAAGCAGUGAAGCAUUACCUUUUUAUUUUUAUAUUUCUCAUAAGAAUAUAAAAAAUCAAAAACA